AUGAAUGCAGCAAUGAUGUAUGAGGACACAUCUGUACAUUACCAUAUAUUUAUUGUAUUUCCAGCAGAUGGAUGUAACAGAAGAAAUAUACCCCAGGAACAUCUUGCUUUAUCUCCAGACUGUGAAAUAGAAGAUACCACACGAAAUUCUCCAGGAGAAACCCCUUUUAGCCUAAUUAUGCAUUCAGUACUCCACCGUGCAGAUAUGUCUUCUGAUCUCUCUUCUCAUGAGGAAUAUUGUACUGAUAACUCAGAUAUUGGUCUAUCUAUUACAGCUCUUACAGUAGAUAAGGUAUUUCCUAAUAAUGCAGAUGAUAAAUGUAUUUCACAGGACACAAAGCUUAUUGCCCACAAGCCAACUAAGAAACGUGGGAAGCGAUUUUCAUGUUCUCACUGUGAGAAAUGUUUUAGAGAUAAAACAGCUCUUGUUAUACAUGAGAGAACUCACACUGGUGAGAAACCAUUUGAAUGUUGUGAGUGUGGGAAAGGUUUUGCAGUCAAAUCUGCUCUUGUUACACAUGAAAGAAGUCACACAGGUGAGAAACCAUUCAGAUGUUCUGAGUGUGGGAAAUGUUUUACAAUGAAAGCAUCUCUUGUUUUACAUCAAACAGUGCACACUGGUGUGAAGCCUUUUUCAUGUUCUGAGUGUGGGAAAUGUUUUAGAGACAAGUCGGCACUUCUUAUACAUCAGAGAACUCACACAGAUGAGAAACCAUUUUCAUGUACUGAGUGUGGGAAAUGUUUUACACAAAAAUCACAUCUUGCUACACAUCAGAGAACUCACACAGGUGAGAAGCCAUUUUCAUGUUCUGAGUGUGGGAAAUGUUUCAGAGAAAAAUCACAUCUUGUUGUACACGAGAGAAGUCACACAGGUGAGAACCAAUAUUCAUGUUCAGAGUGUGGAAAAUGUUUGAGAAACAAGUCAAGUUUUCUUAUACAUCAGAGAAUUCACACAGGUGAGAAUACAUUUACAUGUUCUGAGUGUGGGAAAUGUUUUACAAGCAAAUCACAUCUUGUUAGACAUGAGAGAAUUCACACAGGCGAGUCCUUUUCAUGUUCUGAAUGUGGAAAAUGUUUCUUUGGGGACAAAUCAGCUCUUGCUAUACAUCAAAGACAUCAUACAGGUGUGAAGCCAUUUCCAUGCUCUGAGUGUGGGAAAUGUUUUAUACAGAAAUCAGCACUUGUUUCACAUCAGAAAGUUCAUACAGAUGAGAAGCCGUUUCCAUGCUCUGAAUGUGAGAAAUGUUUUAGAAAAAAAUCGCAACUUGUUGAACAUCAGAGAGUUCAUACAGGUGAGAAGCCAUUUCCAUGUUCUGAGUGUGGGAAACGUUUUAGAGUAAAAUCAGCUCUCGUUGUGCACGAGAGAACUCACACUGGUGAGAAACCAUUUUCCUGCUCUGAGUGUGAGAAAUGUUUUUCGGACAAAUCUCAGUUUUCUAGACAUCGAAGAACUCACACAGGAGAGAAGCCAUAUUCAUGUGCUGAGUGUGGGAAAUGUUUUUCAGACAAAUCUGUUCUUGAAACACACAAGAGAAGUCACACAGGGGAGAAACCAUUUUCAUGUGCUGAGUGUGGGAGAUGUUUUAUUAAUAAAUCUUCUCUUCUUGAGCAUGAGAGAAUUCACACAGGUGAGAAACCAUUUUCAUGCUCUGAGUGUGGGAAAUGUUUUACACGGAAAUCAAAGCUUGUUUCACAUCAGAGAUCUCACCCAGGUGAGAAUCAAAUUUCAUGCUCUAAUUGAGGAAAAAGACAGUAAUCUGAUCUUGUUAAAUAUUCAGUUAUUUACACCAUUUUAGACAGGUGAAAUAUUAGAAAGUAUUUUAUCUAAAGAACAAAUGAUGUUAUAAUAUAUAAAGGGUUGAAGUGGAAGCAUAUGCGCUACUGUUGAAAU